AUGUCGUCUCCCUCAACCAGUUUAUUGAAAGAGCAGACAGUACUGCCUGCGGAUGAAGUUCAGCUAUUUAAUGCAGUUGAAGAUAAAUAUGGAGGAGUUAUGGUAUAUAUGGAGGAACCUAUGGAUUUGAACGAAGGUUUUAGUUAUCACCAUGCAGAAUCGGAUUACCUGAUGCUGGUCUAUUGGAUUCCUGACGCACCUGAUACUCUUCCUGCAAAUGCUUCACACAUAGUUGGCAUCGGUGCCUUUGUCAUGAACGAUAAGAGAGAGGUGCUAGUAGUUAAGGAGAAGAAUGGUUUUUUCAAAGGUAAAGAUGUGUGGAAGUUCCCUACAGGUGUUGUCAAUCAGGGUGAGGAUAUUUGUGUGGCUGCAAUUCGAGAAGUAAAAGAAGAGACAGGAAUUGACACGGAAUUCAUGGAAAUUUUAGCAUUUAGGCAAACCCACCAGCAAUUCCUUGGGAAAUCGGAUUUAUUUUUCGUUUGCAUGUUACGACCACUCUCCUUUGACAUCAAGAAACAAGAUUCAGAGAUUGCCGCAGCUCAGUGGAUGCCAAUCGAUGAAUAUGUGAACCAAACCUUCAACCGGAAACACAAGUCAUUCGAAUACAUUGCCGGGAUAUGCUUAACUAAGUCAGAGAGGAACUAUGGUGGAUUUUCAGCAGUGCCUACGCCAACAUCAUCCGGCAAACUGCCCUAUUUGUACUUCAGUGGGAAAGAUUUCAAACCGUGGUAA